GAGACUCUUCAUCAGUUUCACGGCAAAAGCGGCUUACUGGUACGCUUCGGAGAGUGUGCGUCUGUUUAGAGCUCUCCUUAAAUACCGUCUUUGCUUCUCCUCUUCGCGAUCUCUCUAGGGUUUUCCGAGGGUCUCUUCCAAUCCUCUGAUCGUGCGCGGCUCACCGGAACGCGUAGCUUUGUUAAAAGCUCUGCAGCUAUGGAAUCGACUCUCGUGAUCAAGGUUCGGUAUGCUGACACAUUGAGGCGGUUCAAUGCUGUUAUUAGGGAGGAUGGACAACUGGCCCUUAACUUGGAGGGUCUCAGGGCUAAGGUCCUUGGUCUUUUUAACUUCCCUCCCGAUGCAGUGAUCGGGCUGACCUACGUCGAUGAAGAUGGGGAUGUUGUGACCCUUGUUGAUGACUCUGAUCUGCAAGAUGUCACCAGGCAAAACCUCAAGUUCUUGAGGGUGGAUGUCAGUCUCAAGACCGAGAAAGAUGCUUCUUCUUAUGCCGCUUCUAGCUGCAGUUCUACGCCGUUGAGAUCUCCUGCAACCGAGAGGCCAUCAACACCUAAUGUUGGGGGCAGUGUUGCUGAUGUGCUCAAGACUCUGCAACCUGCUCUGUCUGCUCUACCUCCAACGGUUGCUGAAGCUGUUGCAAAAUUUUCAACUGAUUUUGCUUCGAAAGCUGCUGCUUCUGGUGCCCAGUUUAAAAUUGAUGUGAAGGAAGUGUCGAAAUCAGCCCAGCAACCUCUGUAUGAAGCACUAUCGAAGAUGUCUCUGGACCUGGCUUCGAAUGCCGGUUCUUCUUCUGCUCCUGUGCUGACCGAUCUUGUUGACAGCUUGUCAAAGAUCGGGCUUUCCUACAUCAGUACUCCUCAGGAGCCUAAGACUAAUGCAACACCUCAAACCAAGGAUGCAGGUGUUCCAACUGCACCAUCUGCGGUUCCAGAUGCUUCCCGUGGUGGUGGCAUGCAAGAAGACUUGGCUGAAUCCAGUGCCAGGACACGUGGUGUGUCAAGGCCAUCAAAGCCUGUUUCUUCUGCUCCUGUUGAUCUGAAUCGGGACCCGCCUAUUGAUUCUUCUCCAUUAGUAGAGAGUUCUUCACAAAACAAGGCAUCUGAGAAGAAAGCAAAAGAACCAAGUGCUGGGGUUCACGUUCCUACUGAUACAGUGAAUCCUUGGGGCAGUUCAUGCCCAUUUAGUGGGGUGGGGCUGUUUGACAGCUCUUACACACUACCUCAUCCUCUGCCUCCCCACUUCAAGCCAUUUAAACCGUUUAAGAGGAGCCACAGCCGCAGUGAUGGCAUGGUUGGCUUGUUCCACCGCGGUGUUCAAUGUGAUGGCUGCGGGAUACAUCCCAUUGCUGGACCUCGUUACAAAUCAACUGUAAAGGAAAAUUAUGACUUGUGCUGCAUGUGCUUUGCUCAAAUGGGUAACGAAACUGACUAUGUCAAGAUGGAUAAGCCCGCGACUUAUCGUCAUUCACGGUCUUUCAGAGGCUCGAAUUGUCCUGCUUCUGCUUGGACGUGCCCCGUACCACCAGUCAGGCCUAUAACAAAACAAGGUGGAUCUGUUCAGCCUAGGCUAGACAGUCGCUUUGUUUUAGAUGUGAAUGUAGUGGAUGGUACUGUACUGGCUCCAUCUACUCCAUUUACAAAAAUCUGGCGACUGCGCAACAAUGGUAAUCUUGUGUGGCCCAAGGGUACUCAGCUUGUGUGGAUUGGAGGAGACAGAUUCAACCACACUGAUUCAUCUGAGCUAGAGAUUGCUGCAAAUGGUCUUCCCGUGGAUGAAGAACUUGAUGUUGCUAUUGACUUUACUUCUCCUGCAAAACCUGGUCGAUACAUCUCAUACUGGAGACUGGUUUCACCAUCUGGCACCAAAUUUGGUCAGCGCAUCUGGGUUCUUAUCCAUGUGGAUGCUUCCCUGAAGGUUGCUUCUGGCACAAGUCUCCAGGGUUUCAACCUCAAUUUACCCCCUGUUUCUGUUGCUGCCUCUGAUUCCCCUCAAACUGUAGUAGAUGCGACUAAUAAGCCUGCUGAUUCAGCCUUACCCUCAGAGGUGACUGCGACACACAUCUUCGAUCAACUGGCCAAGUCAGAGCAGGAGAAGAAUUUCCCUGUUAAUGAUGCCUUGCUUGUUGGGAAUCACCCCUCACCCUCGGACACCAAGUCGAGCAGCUCUUAUUUGCCCUACCCUAUGAUAGACCUGUCUGAUGCAGCAGCCGGCCCCUCUUCUAGCAUCGGCAAACCAAGUGCUCCUGCCGCGAUAGGAAUGCCCAAACCAACUGCAGAACAAGAAGACAAGAAUGUGGAGGAUGCCGUUGAGGAGAGCCUUCUGAAGGAGCUGGAGGACAUGGGGUUCAAGCAGGUGAAUCUGAACAAGGAGAUCCUGAGGAUGAACGAGUAUGACCUGGACCAAUCGCUGGACGAUCUCUGUGGUGUUGCUGAGUGGGACCCGAUCCUUGAGGAGCUGAAAGAAAUGGGUUUCUGUGACAAUGAAGUGAACAAGAAGCUGCUGAAGAAGAACAAUGGGAGCAUCAAGCGUGUGGUGAUGGACCUCCUCACUGGCGAGAAGGCCUAGCCGCGGGCUGGAGACUCGGUUUCUGAGUUUUAAGUGUUCUCUAUGAAAAGUAGCAUAUAAAUAAGUGGGGGUCAUCUUAUGUCGUUGGAACAUCUUCCGUAGCUCUGGUUUUCGGCUUUUCGCUGUUUGCUAAUAGCUCUAAAACUUCUGGUCCUGUAGUUCUCUGUGUUUGAACUUUCGGUUUAUAUGAAUAAAUGGCUGGGACUUCUGUUCCCCUGCUAUGUUUAUAGAUUAUAUGAAUGGUGUUUUUUCGUCGAAUACUUAUCGAAUUCGCAGAUGGUAAUAGAGGUCGGUAUGGAAUGAAAACUGCGAACCAAAUGUAUCGAGCAAAGAUUACAAGAUAAAGCAACUGGCAGCCAUCACUGGCAACUCGUCUACACAAACUUCAUCUUCCUUCCAACUCUCUAAAGCGCAGAAACAACUUGUUCAUUCAAAAAUUCACCAUCUGAACUUAAUACGCUGCUGACAUUAUUAAGCACACAAAAAGAAAAGGUGGAACAAAGGUACGGUGUAUUGUCGGUUUUCUUGCCUGCUUCCUCAACCAGUUUCUUGCUCAAACUCUUCGCCUUCAGAUUCGUCUGCAUUGUCAGCAUCGUCAUCAUCCGGAUCAUUAUCAUCCUCAUCUUUAUCAUUGUCGACCGUUGUCUUCCCAAUCACGAUCAAGUUGCUGUUAGUCUUCUGGAUCUCAUUCAACUGCAGCAACCAUGGAAAUAGGAUCGCUUGAACAUUCAACUUAAUUCACUGACUGCUUGACAAUGAAUUUAAUCACUUCGAUUGAAGCUAAUUACGGCUCGAGAUCAUGGGGAAAAGAGAUAAUCGUGCAAAAUCGCGCCCCUUCUUGGCUCGAAUUGAACCGGCUGUUCGCAAACUAGGUUACGGACAAUUACCGGCGAUAUCGACAUUUUAUCACGACUAGGGUUCGAGGCCAGCAGGGGCAGUGUUGUUACCUGCUCCUCGUAAACGUCCUCUUCCAUGGCGAGAAGCUGUUCCGGAGUGUGGGUUUGAGCGGGAGGCUGCGAUGACAUGAGGAAGGACGACGGCACUGUCCUCGUCGACCAUGGGUACUGCGUCAUGAACGCCGGAGUCUGCAACAUUUUUUUUCGCCGGCGUCGGUAGAUUUUUUUUUUUUUGU